CAAGCACAUGUUGCAUUCAAAACACCGGGCACACCAAGAACACUUCAGUCGCCCAAGUCCCGCUUAAACCAAUGUUAUAGUUUGCUUAUUGGAAAAAGGAAACAGAACACAACUGGAAAGACAGGAUAGUACAGCGUAUGUUACGAGUGCAGCAGAGUUAAACACUUUUCAAAUGGAUUGAAGUUGGAGGCAUCGCCAGGCAUUCUUAUCCGAUCAAAAACUUUUUCACAAAUAUUUUCUGCAACGAAAAUUUGCAAAAUAUGUUUCAUUCUGAGUUUUCAAGCUUUGAGGAAGGAGGGUGCAGUACUUUAGCAUACAGCAGAGGAAAUGAGGAUCUUAAUACUUCUCAUUAUCUUGCAAAUUGUAUCUUUUACAGCCUCACAAGUGAAUGUUUGUUCUGGACGGUGUCCACGUAAUUCUCGCUGUAACUCAGUUGGAAGGUGUUAUUGCAAGCGUUACUUUACCUGGAGUAAUGGUAGUUGCAUUGCAGAUCGGUCAGCGGUUUUCAGCGGAACUGGACUUGCUGUAAGUUCCACUGAUUGCGGUAAUCAUAAUUGUAUUGGUAAAGCACGUUGUAAUCGCUUUGAAAGGCCUAAUUUCGAAGAUGCUUCGCAUAAUCAUGAAAAUCGAGACCGAAACCGUAAUCUAGAAAGGUACUAUUAUGCUUGUAAUUGCCCACAAGGACUUACAACAUACAUCACUGGGAGAUAUAAAGGAUGUACUCUACCUAGGGCAGUUUUAUCAAAUGAAGAUAGAUGUAGACUGUGUCAUCCUCAGUUUGCAGUUUGUGUACAAAGACGCUACUGUCGAUGUAAUAGAGGAUAUGUUGGAAGUGGGGAAACAUGCACCAGAAUACAUGUUGAAACAUGUAGCCCGAGGUGCCAUCCAACAUUAGCAAGAUGCAUUUUCAGCGAUUCUGAACGUCGGUAUAAUUGUCGUUGCAAUCGCGGUUACCGUGGCAAUGGUAUCAACUGCAUAUCAAGGACAUGCAGCCCAAGGUGCCAUCCAAUAAAUGGAAGAUGUGCCUAUUCAUCCGUUACAGGCCGAUACGGUUGUUGGUGCAAUCGUGGGUUUACGGGCGAUGGAGUUACUUGUGUCAUCAAUCCAGAUGACCCAACAUGUCAACAAAGAUGUCACCGAACGUUGGCAACUUGUAUGUACAACCCCUUUUAUCGCCAACACAGAUGUCAAUGUGUUGGUGGGUAUAUUGGGAAUGGUAUUAUUUGUAAUCCAAUAACCACUACAGUUGCUCCAACAUGUCAACAAAGAUGUCACCCAACAUUGGCAACUUGUAUUUACAACCCCACAACCCGCCAAUACAGAUGUCAAUGUAUUGCUGGGUAUAUUGGAAAUGGUGUUGUUUGUGUUCCAUUAAUUACUACAGUUGCUCCAACAUGUCAACAAAGAUGUCACCCAACGUUGGCAACUUGUAUUUACAACCCCACAACCCGCCAAUACAGAUGUCAAUGUAUUGCUGGGUAUACUGGGAAUGGUGUCACUUGUAGUUUACCAACAAAUGCUGCUCCAAUAGUUGUUCCAAGAUGUCGCAAUGUUUGCCAUCGAGAUGCUGAUUGCGUGCAAGUUAAUGGACAGGGAGUGUGUAGAUGCAAACAGAACUUCCGCGGUGAUGGUGUCAGUUUAUGCUCAAGAAUCAACAACCAGUGUUUGAAUUGCCAUUCACAUGCUACAUGUAGACAGAUACAAAGAGUAUUCAGUUGUGUGUGUAAUGAGAACUACAUUGGUGAUGGUGUCAAUUAUUGUACAGCAGUAAUUGCAGGAUAACUUUUGUACAACUGCAGUGUUUAUCUAACAUUUCAUCAUUGCUUGUAGUUCUACUAAUCAACUAAUACAUACCAGAGUCCGUAAAAAAAUUAUCCUGUAUAAACAUGUAUAUAAACAUGUUUAAGGUUUCUGGUAAUAUUAAAAUAUCAAUUGUAAUCCCUUUACAUUAUUAGAAGCCGCCCAAGCCGAGGGUAACUUAUAAAAUUUAUUAAAACAAAAUUUCAGUUUGCGUAUAUGGUAAAUAUUAACAAUGCAUUACUACAUGAGGUGUCAAUACAAAAUAUCAAGUAAAAUGUCA